UCACAUGAACUGUGACUGUUAAAACCGUGUUAUUCCUAGCGAAAACCCCGUUGUGUGUGGUUGACAUAUCAGUAAAUACUUUUACGAGGAAACGAUAUUAGAACUAAAUAAUGACUCAGAUAAAAUCUGAUGAAAAUCAAAGUGAAGAAGCGGGGAAGAUAUUUGUUGGAGGCUUAAGUUGGGAAACUACACAGGAGAAAUUACAGGAGUACUUUUCUCGAUAUGGAGAAGUUGUUGAUUGUGUAGUAAUGAAAAAUAAUGAAACUGGAAGAUCUCGUGGCUUUGGUUUUGUUACAUUCAAAGAUGUUAGUUGUGUUGCCAAAGUACUUUCCAGUGGCCCUCAUGAAGUUGAUGGACGCACAAUUGAUCCUAAAGUGUGCAGCUCAAGAGAUUCUCAACAGACAAAGAAAUCUGGACAAUAUCCUAAAGUGUUUCUGGGAGGAUUGCCACCAAACUGUACUGAAACUGAUAUACGGAGUUUCUUUUCCAGAUAUGGAACGGUUGUAGAAGUGGUAUUAAUGUAUGAUCAAGAGAAAAAGAAAUCUAGGGGGUUUGGAUUUUUAUCGUUCGAGACCGAAGACAGUGUGAAACAAGUUUGUGCUGAACACUUUGUGAAAAUCAACGGGAAGAAGAUUGAAUGCAAGCAUGCAGAACCUCGGGACAAGAAAAGGCCUGCUCAACAAAAUGCCCCUCCAAACCAGUGGGGUGGACCCCCAAUGGGUCCACCAGGCUGGGGACCUGGUGCACCAGCUCCAGGUGCCACUGGGCCUUGUGGUCCAGGAAUGGGUCCUGGUGGUCCACCAGGCCCAAUGCCUGGACCUAUGGGACCUCCAAUGAAUAAUGGAAUGAUGGGCCCUCCUGGUGGUGGUUACCAAGGUGGAUGGGGAGGCCCUCCACCUCCAUACGGACCACAAGGUGGUUGGGGACCUCAGCCUGGUGGAUAUGGACCUGGUUAUAAUAAUUGGGGUUGUGGCCCUGGUUAUGGAGGACCUUACAGUGGGCCCCCAGGUCCACAAUAUGGCCAGCCUGGAUAUGGAGGUUAUGGCUAUGGUGGAACGUAUGGAGGUUAUGGUGGUCCAAUGACAGGUCCUCCUCCACCUAAUCCUCCAGCACCAGGAACGGAAAGUUUUGCUGGUUCUGGAAUGGGUGGACCUGCUCCUGUAGGACCUGGACCCACCCCUGCUCCUGCUGCAGGACAGACAGGACCUCCACCACCUGGCAUGGGAACAUAUCCGCAAGAGCCAUCUAAUUUUGGUCCUAAUAGAACUGGAUUCGGAACUGGUUAUGGUACUGGACCAAAUAACUAUAAUGCUGCUGGAAAUUAUACUGCUCCAGGAAGUUAUGGUGGGCAAGGGGAUGGCCCUCAGGGAACUCGAACUGCUGGACAAGGUCAAGGUUACCACCCGUAUCGACGUUAAUUAAACUGUCAUUUUAAAUAUUCAAUAAUCAUUUAUGUUCUGCAUUAAGACCGUAUUUAAAAUUAUGAUACUCAUGUUACAUCAGAUCAGUGCUGGUAUAAGUAUUUUUUCAAAACACAAGUGGAGGACUAUUCAAAUGAAUUUUGUUAUUCCUUUGAGAAUCCUGUACGUUUAUUUAUUAAAUUGAUUACAAUCUGAAGUAUUUUUAUCAUGCUGAAUACUGGCACACAAUAUGUUGCUAAAAUUUUAAUCAAGCUGAAAAUGAUGUGCAUUUUAUUGAGUAUUUGUAAUCACCAAAUCAUCAUUAAUGAAUUGUCAUCUGAAUCAUAAUCAACUUAUUGUACAGAUUUAUUAGUUUAUAUAAAUGACAUUUUGGGCAAAAA